ACCUCUUGGUCACACACUGUAUCCGGCCCUUUGUUUGACGUUGUAUCCGGACCAAUUUGGGCUAAUAUUAUCCAGAAUACAAAAUUACAAAUGAAUUGCUAGUAGCUUUAAGAUUGUUCGACAUGUUUGGCUCAGUUUGUCGAUGCAAGGAAGAGUAACUUGCAGUGCCGUGCCGACUUUAUUCUACUCGUCGUCUCUGCCUAGCCAACUAUUUACCUCAAUUUAGAGGCAGUUCAUUGUUAGCCUAGCUUUAGCCAUGCUCUCAGCCUCCGCUUUCACUUGUCUUCAGGGUUACGGCUUGCUUGCGACAGGGACCACAGCUACUAGCUAGCUUGGCAGCUAGCUAGCUAAGCAUUUUCUCCUCGAAAGUAUUCACGUUUUUUGUGUUCCCUUAUUUGUACUUUAACGUUUCUUGAACCUCUCAUUUUUUUCUGUCACAUUCCGCGUAACAGCAGCGCUCUACAGAAACUGCACCUCGUCAGUACGGAUAAAAUUAGCUAUUAGCUUAGUUGGCAAGCUAUCCAGCCGGCUGUCUUUGAGGAAACGUUUGCUUGAUGACAUUUAAAUCGGUGUUGACGUUGUCUUGAUCCGGGCUGUAUACCUUAACUCCAUUAACUCAAGAAGGACUGUCAACGUCUGCCAACGCUUUUCACCACUCAGUCAAGAAACGGAGUUGUCUUUUAUCUGGUUUUUGGUCAUUUGCCUGCCACGAUGGCUUCCUCCUCUGGAAACGACGACGACCUGACAAUCCCCAGGGCAGCUAUCAACAAGAUGAUUAAAGAAACUCUCCCUAACGUACGAGUGGCUAACGACGCAAGGGAGCUUGUGGUUAACUGUUGCACAGAGUUCAUACACCUCAUAUCCUCAGAAGCCAAUGAAAUAUGCAACAAGUCCGACAAGAAGACCAUAUCUCCCGAGCAUGUCAUCAAUGCCCUCGAGAGUCUUGGUUUCGCAUCGUACAUCACCGAGGUGAAAGAUGUCCUGCAGGAGUGUAAAACUGUAGCUCUGAAAAGGAGGAAGGCUAGCUCUCGACUGGAGAACCUGGGCAUCCCAGAGGAAGAGCUCCUCAGACAACAACAGGAAUUGUUUGCCAAGGCACGGCAGCAGCAGGCAGAGCUCGCCCAGCAGGAGUGGUUGCAGAUGCAGCAGGCCGCCCAACAGGCACAAAUGGCAGCUGCAUCUGCCAGCGCCGCCCAGCAGGCUGGUUCCUCUCAGGAUGAAGAAGAAGAGGACGACAUGUGAUCCCGGGACGCGGUUCAACUUGUCCAAAUCCCUUCCUGGGACAGUGUUCGCACACAAAUCUCCUAGUACUGUCAUUGGCAGAGACAUGACACGUGUUUCACCGCUGGUAUACAUCAGUGAAACAUGGGCAAUGCACAUAAGGAAUGGACAGUGAAGAGAUUGAUGAAGGGGGAUUUGAAGAUAGCCACCCGUUCAGAUAUCAGAACCUGAAAAUGAUUUGGAUUGAGAGGCUGUUGAUGAAGUUUUUGAUUAUUCUCAUCUUCCCCCUUUUUUCCCACUUACUUCUGUUUAAUUAUGUCUUGAUAUUAUGUUGUGAGAAAUUUGUAGAAUUCUGGAUGUGUUGUGGACACACUGAGGGCAGCCGUUGCCUGGGAUAUGUUAGUGAAUUUGGUGAUAUUGCAACAAGUGUUUGCUCCUGCAGAUACAGCACCAGCUAGCUUACUUUUGUUAUCCAUUUUACUAGAUCACUUUGGUGGUUUAGGGGAACUGGUUUAGAAUACUUUUAAGAGCUGUCGAUUCCUCCUUUCUUGUGGUUUGGCGGUCAUUAUUACAGAAAGGAUUUUCUUUUCCCCCGUCAUGGUAUAUUUGUUCAACAGAGGAUCCUGUGAGGGCUUGUGAAUAUUGGAAUUGUUUUUGUUAAGUAGAGAAAGAAAUUGACAUUUUUCUUAAUUUUAGCUCAGUCAGGUGUUUUAUCUUGCAUUUCCUCUACCUUGAACCAACCACAGUAUUGCUAAUUAGCUGCACCUUUCAGAAACAGAAUAUUUUUGUCUCAUAGAACCAAAGAUAGAGGACAGAAUAAGAGCCCAGACUUAUUGUUUUUUAAAGGUGUAGGUGCUACUGUGAUUCUUGUUGCUGACUCCAGGUCAGGGUAAACAAUGUUAAGGAUUAUCAACCUAUGACUUUGUAAGAUGCUUUGAUAUCCAGGCUGAUUUUGUUAUUUCCCCUCUGCUCGGGUAUAGUAUCAAACAUUUGCAAUUGUGACUGUGGUCAGUCCUCAGUGUAAAGACAAGUAACCUAGUACUACAAAGUUGUAUUCUUUAAGCAAUAAAGAAAUCAUGUUUUAUA